AUGGCGAAAGGGAACACACUGCGCAAGGAGAGAAAGGCGCGGGUGCCUGUUAAUGCAUCGCGGCCACGAACACGCGGUCAGCGCGGGAAGCUCCAUGAUCCCGCCGCCAACACAGCUGAACUCACUACCCAAUUGCGUUCGAUGGGACUCUACGCGGCUCCAACAUUGGGCGACGGAAACUGUUUGUUCCGAGCGCUGAGUGACCAGAUCUACGGAACCCCGAAUGAACAUCUUACGUUGCGAAAAGAGAUUUGUGCGUUUAUGGCUGCGCAUAAGGAGCGUUUUGAGGCAUUUGUUGAUGAUGAUCGGAGCUGGGACCAGCACAUUUCCACAAUGAGGAAUAAUGGAACAUAUGGUGGUCACCUGGAGUUGACGGCGUUUGCUCAGUUGAAAGUUGUCAACGUCAAGGUUGUUCAGCCCGGGUUGGUGUAUGUGAUCGAGGGUGCAAAGACCGACAUUUUCGAUCCUGGCGCAAGUUCGGCAGCGGCAGACGAAGCUGGCAUAACAAGCUCUAAGGAAAGGAGGAAAGGAAAAAAGGAGAGACUAAAGAAGAAGAAGGCCGAGAAAGCCGCUAACGAGGAUCAUGACGAAGACGAUGAGGAGGAUGGGGGUGCUCCCUUCCCGGCCACAGUUUACGUUGCCUAUCAUGAUUGGGAGCACUUUUCCUCUGUACGAAAUCUUACAGGCCCGCAUCAAGGCAUGCCUAAUGUCUGCGAAGUCCCAGAGCCCGAUACAUCCUCUCUUCCUUCUCCACCACCCUCCCAAGCUGCCACCAAACGCAGCGCCAAACAACAGCUUCAAUCACAAUCCAUGAAGUCGGCGCCAUUGUCCAAACAGUCGCAACAAUCGCGUCCGCCUACACCCUCCGACUCUCUAUCGCCUCCGCCAAGUCGGAGUCCCAAACGAGCAAUAGACGAAGACGAUGAAGAGGAAGAGGAAACUGAAAUUAGGAAAAGGAAUAGACGGGGAACUAUCACUGUUACACCCCCAGAAGACGACGGCGAGCAUGAGGAAGAUGAGGAGUCUGAAUUUGCUGCUGGCGUAUCGAGCAGCGUGUCCGCCGAGUCUGGGUCAUUCAUUUCUGACGCCCCACCACCUCCACCUCCAUCUGAACCCGAACUGGAACCUAAACUCACCAAGGGAAAACGGAAGUCGCUCGGAGUUCCAAAAGCUCGGUCGAGUACACAACAACGCGGGCGACAGAGUGUGGGUAUGACGGGAACGGCAAAGAGUAGAGCCAGCACUGGUGGCACGUCCGAGGCUCCAAAGAGAGAAACGAGGUCUGCUACAAAGGCGUAUCGAGAUGCUGGGAAGGUGCGGGAUCUGGGGACCGGCGAGUGGUUGGACAACGGAACUGGUCGGUUGGAUGUGAGAGGAUUCAGAGAGCUGAGGAUAUAA